GCAAAAUCUUGGAUCUUUGCAGAGUGAGGCCCACAAUAUUUCCUCUGUUGGCUCGUCGGGAUUAAAUAAUUCAGUCAAUCCGGACAUCCUCCAACAGACCGUCAAUUCUUUGGGACCUGGCGCAAUUGCAGCCACAAUAAAUGGGACUCGUGGUAUAUUAUUGAAUUCUAAUCUUGCUGCUGCACUUGCUGCUUUGUCGGCUUCCGUUUCUUCCGGCCUUACUUCAUCUACACAAUCUAGUCCUCUUGUUUCUUCUUCACCGUGUAAUCAGCCUGCCCCAUCUUCCUUCUCCAUCUCUACAAGCAACGGUUCAUAUCACACUGCACCUUUGUCCGGUCAAAUAAACGCAAAUACACCAGUUGCCCUGACUGGUCCUUCCGGCGAAAUUUUGGCAACUAUCCCUCUCGCAGCAGCCGCCUCAGCAUCUCCAGGUCUCCUUGCCUCUGCCCUCAUAUCGAGUGGCAUUUGUGGUAACGUUAGUCAGACUAACACACAUAUACCAGGCAAUCAGUCGCUAUCCAUCAACUUUCCUCAAGGCAGCAACAUCAGCAAUUCCAAUAUAAACACCAACCUAUCUGGCGUUGGGGGACCUACAGUCGCUGGCUCGGGCCUCACCCUAUUAUCAAAUAACACCCUGAACCUUCUACGUUGCGCCUCUUCUUCCAACACCUCUCUUGUUGCUGUCAAUAAUACACUUCACUCUACCGGGCAUCCGACUGUCUCUUCACAUAGCCAGCUUUCUGAUUCACCUUCUACUCAAAUAACUAACACCGGCUUCCCUUCAUUUGCUAUGAGCCAGCCUGGUCUCAUCUCACAUCAACAACAACAACUGUCACAUCAGCCAUCCCAACAACCCAAUCAGCCAAUCCCAACUAGUUCGCCAGCUUUUGCUUUGAUGUGCACUCUCGCCAGUACCCCUUUUGCAUCUACUCUCACACAGUCCUCUACAUCUUUGAAUACCACAACGUCUGCUUCUACGGCAGCUGCUCUGCUGAACUCAUUGUCUCUCAGUGGGGGUGGUAAUGGACCUAAUGUUCUCCAUCCUUCUUGCACCCCCUCUGGAACCUCUUUAAAUUCCGGGUCUAUCAACAAUGCCUCUGUCACUACUAUAGCCGGUGGAGGCGGGACGACUGUAGCUGCUGUCGCUGCCCUCCUCAAAAGUCUUAAUAGCUUAAAACAACCUGGUUUGGCAUCUGUUUCUAACUUUUCCUCUGCGCUAAUUGGGGAAUCGUCAGGUCAGUCGUCUGGAUCUGUUCCAAACAGCUCUUGCUCCACACCUGGUCAUGCCAAUUUGACUUUGAUCACAGAGCCUACAAUCGCCCAGUCGGCAGCAGCAAACUCAGGCUUCAGUUUGGCCAGCCACUUACACCCAACACUUUUGACCUCCGGCCAGGUGAGCGGGAUACCUUCAGGAUCGUCUCCUGGUAACUCACUUUCUGCACUUACUUUGCCCGCUGGAUCAACUAUUGAUAUGGCCACUUUGGCUGCAGCUGUAGCUGCUGCCACUGCCUCCUCAUCUGGUAAGCCCGGCCUGAUGCAAACUCAAUCGGGCUCUGUUGUGGCCUCUCUAGCUGCUGCCGCGCCCAACUGCUCAGCAGGAUCAGGACUUGUAUCCACUUCAGCCACUGGUGCUGGCUCCGCUGGAUCCAUCCUUGUCUCCUGUGCACGUGGUGGCUCGGGUGAAAUGAGCCUUAUGCUUUCAUCUGCAAAUGGUCUAACGAGUCACAGCGACGGCACUUCGGCUGCCUCGCUCACGCCGGCUGCAUCACUCGCUGCAGGACUUUCAUUGGCUGCAGCUAGUUCUAGUACUGCGAAUGCGGCAGUCCCUUUUCCUGCCACCGGAGGCCAACCUCAACCACAACAAUCACAUUUUUCCCCUUCGCUACAAUCCUCAAUCGCUCAACAGACACACCAACAGCUUAAUCAACAACACUCGCACAUGCCUACAAGCAUUGCAGUUUCUGGCCUGUCGUCUUCACUGUUGCUUCCUACUUCGAGCUCUUCCUCCUCAGUCUGCGGUCAGCCAUCGUUGGCCACCAGCACUACAUUCCCUCUUUCUGCGGUCACUGGGGCUAUCACUCCUGCUACCAGCGGUCACAUCUCCACAACACUAACCACUGGGGCUGGCUCUUCGGCCGGCUUAAGUCUUAUGGUCAACAAUGCGGCCUCGCUUGCUGGUGCGACUGUUUUUUCCCUCUCCACCAACAAGAAUGUCACAACCACUCCAGUUCUGCCGAAACCCGAUCACUGGAAACAGCAACCAUUUGACUUGGCGGCUGCUGCCUCUAAAGUUCUGAAGGCGCAACCGAUUGUCACCACAGUCGCCACUACUUCCAUUCCGACGAUAGCCGCUUCGACUGCGGCCUCUAUCAUGACGACUAGUGGAAUCUCGAGGCCAUUACGCGUCAACAGCAACGGCUGGAUCACCAAUUCGCCGUUGAUCCCCGCUCCGAUCGUGCAGUCAGGCAGCAGUACUGAUUCCACCAUUGACAAGAUACUAGAAACCAUAAAAGAUCGGAUGAAUGAGUCUGCGGAGGCCAAAAAGAACGCGGCCAGUUGCCUUCGCAAGAAGGCAGUUGCUCUGAAGUCGGGAUCGUCCGGCCUGAAGCAGGCUAUUCAGCGGAUCCAACCAUGCCCGGGCGGUGGGUCGCAGAUCAAGCAUUCCAACGGAUUGUCGGAAGGUCUUAAUGACUCGGUCGGCGGGAUUUCUACUUCGAAUCUGGUCAUGAACGCUUCGUCAGGCGAUCCACUCUCCGGCCUCGAUCAGGCAGUGGGAGUUGGAGCAGACGUGCGAGGCCUAACUGGUACCUCUGCCCAUGCCUCCAUCCCAGUGGCAACGGUCUACAAAUGUCGUUAUUGCGGUAAAACCUUUAAUCGCAAAUUUUGCCGUGAGCGUCAUGAGCGUCUUCAUACUGGCGUCCGGCCUUACACAUGCGAUGUCUGUGAGGAGAAGUUCAUCCGGCUCGAGGACAAAAAGCGCCACGUACGCUCUUUCCAGCACUGCUUCGCCCUGGAACGUGCCAAUCGGUCGGGAGCAGGCUUUUUAUCGCCCUCCUCAGUCGUCACUCCCAGCAACGCUCCGGGCGUUGGUAGCGUUUGUGCCGGAGAGGCGGAUGAUGGCAGGCCGGCUAAGAGUGAUCUGUCGUCGUCGGUCUCGACGCUUCAACUUCCACUGACAUCACCUCGAAUCCUCCGGUUGGCGGCCUGUGACAACGAAGCUGACUUUCUUGCAAAGGCAUCUCGGAUGCCGAGUACAGCUGAAGACGAAGAUGAAGAGGAGGAGGAGGAGGAAGGGGGCGAUGGAGAGGAGGAGGAAGAGUUAGGGGAGGCUGAUGAGGAAGAGGAGCUGUUGCCAGCUCCCGAGGCGGUCGAACCGAUCCCUGGACUCGAUGAUUCCCUGGUUCGCGUCGAGCCUACUUCGCCUCCGCUGCAUUUACCCUCAGAGCAUCCUUAUCCUGGCGAGGCAACCUACCAUUCCGACGAUGAUGCGGAUGCAGAGGAUGUCGGCCGGCUGGAUGAACCCGGGCUCGAGGCCGGUAUCAUUCGAGCCGAGUCUCCAGGCCGUGACAAAAGUGAGGCUUCUGGCUGCGGGUCUCGAGGCAGUUGCGUUGCCUCUGGGCGUUUGCACAAGGCCCUCAUCGGAUCGGCCCUCGGCCGUGCUGACUCUCUCGGUGCCCUGGCUACCGGCCCAUCUCAGACUGACGUUGCCAACACCGGCACUGCUAGUGGCCUCGAUGAAUCUACGCAUAGCAACGAGGAGAAUGCACCGCCGGACUCACCGUACCAUCAGACUUCUGCUCAUCUGUCGCCCACCGCCUCACCUCCCUCUCCUUCGGCCGGCCUGACGGCUCCCUCCAUUCUGGGCACUUCCAUCCUGCAACAGCGCUUCCGCCACAGUCGUCGCACCGCCCUUAAGCAUCCCCAGCCGACACCGAUACGUCCGAGUCUGUCGUCAUCGCCCAUCUCGAUGCCGCUGCCGGCACCGACGGCCUCGGCUGCGUCCGGCCUCAACUUGGUCGUGAUCAAGGCGCUGGUGAAUGGAUCCAGUGAACUGACCAGUCCUGGGCCAAGCCUUGCCUCGGGCGGAGCCGAAAAGGCCACAGCCACGGCCAGUUGA